AUGGGUAACGAGAACACUCACGUAGCCAAUGCAAGUCAAUGUGAAAUCUACAUCUUCUUCCAGUCAACUAAACUGCACGUUUCAGACAUAGCAAUUGGCGUCACUACUGACACUGGAACCACAGUUUCAGAGAAAGAUGUUGCAGGGCAUCUUAACGUUGGAACAAGCCUUAAUGUGAACCUGAAAUCAGAUACCAGGAUCCAGUUCUUGACGUGUCCUUCCAGGGAAUACACAAAAAUAUCUUUGCAGGGAGACCUGUAUACAACAAUCGUUUUAAAACAUCCAGGGCAAGAAGAUACUAUGUUGUGUAUGAAUUUCAUGAUUCCAUCAGAUCGUUCUAUCAUAGUCACUGAUAAAAUGAUCAAAUUUACAAAGUAUGGCUACUUGUGGAUGGAUGAAGCUGGCAAUUAUCACUAA